CCUCUUCAACUCCGCAGAGGAAAAGAGAAGCGAAUAAAGCAAGCAGCGGAGAAGGGCUUCGAAGAAUCGGAGGAGCUCCGGCCCCGAGAUCUCUCCCUCGAUCUCCAAUGGCGUUGCGAUCCCUCCUCUCUGGUACUCCUCUUCUCUUCCUUCUACCCAUCUCUCUCUAGGCCUUCUCCUUCUCCGUAGAUCUGGCGAUCUCGGCUCUCGGAGAUCCCACUUGUUUAGAUCCCUGUUUCCUCUGCAAAUCCUAGCCCUAAAACCCCAAAUCCCCAACCAUGGGCCGUUCUCGGCUCCAGAAUUCAGGCAUAAACCCCAUCGAGGAGGAGUCGCCGGACUCCCCUGACGCCUCGGCGUCGUCGGGCCCUUCUCGGGCUUCUCUAGCGUGUGUUAUCAACGCUGAGGUGGCGGCCGUACUGGCGGUGAUGCGUCGCAACGUCCGCUGGGGUGGGGCUGGCUCCGGUGCGGCUCGCUACCUCCCUUCGGCCGCAGAUGAUCAUCUUGAUCACCCCCUGGUUCAGUCUCUCAAAUCACUUCGUGGUCAGCUCUUCUCUCGUGAUCCUGCUCACUUUCUGGAUCCCGCUGCGUACCUCCGGCCCUUUCUUGAUGUUGUCCGGUCGGAUGAGACUGGUGCGCCGAUAACCGGCGUUGCGCUCUCGGCUGUGUAUAAGAUCCUUACGCUUGAUGGUGCGCUCAGGCCUGGGGAUGGCGACGCGAUCCGUGGGGUCGUGGAUGCUGUUACUAGUUGUCGGUUUGAGGUCACUGACCCGGCGUCGGAGGAGGCCGUGCUGAUGAAGAUCCUGCAGGUGCUUCUUGCUGCCAUGCGCAGCCCAGUGGCCAUCUCACUCAGUAACCAACAUGUGUGUACUGUUGUCAAUACGUGCUUCAGAGUUGUCCACCAAGCUGGGACCAAGGGUGAGCUCCUUCAGCGUGUCUCACGGCACACCAUGCAUGAGCUCGUGCGAUGCAUCUUCUCGCUGCUUCCAUAUGUUGCCGAGAGCACUGAUCAACCAGCAUUGCUCAACGGGGAGAUGGGUGCUGUCGACAAGGACCAAUCUUUUGGGGUUAAUCAUGCAGAAAAUGGAAAUGGAAAUGUUGGGUCUUUAGGGAACUCUGGUGAUGAUGGAGUAUUAGAGGUGGAAACUCCCAAUGGCAUGAGGGUGAUGAUGGAGCCGUAUGGAAUCCCCUGCAUGGUGGAGAUUUUCCACUUCUUGUGUUCUUUGCUCAACAUUGUUGAGCAUAUGGAGAUGAGCCCGAGGAUGAACCCGAUAGCCUUAGAUGAAGAUGUGCCACUUUUUGCCCUUGGGUUGAUCAAUUCAGCAGUUGAAUUGGGAGGGCCUUCAAUACGCAAACACCCAAAGCUGCUUAGUUUGAUACAGGAUGAAUUAUUCCGAAAUUUAAUGCAGUUUGGCCUCUCUAUGAGCCCUCUAAUUUUGUCAAUGGUGUGCAGUAUUGUUCUCAAUCUUUACCACCAUUUGCGCACAGAGCUGAAGCUGCAGCUGGAGGCAUUCUUCUCUUGUGUGAUAUUAAGGCUUGCCCAGAGUCGGUAUGGAGCUAGUUACCAUCAGCAAGAGGUUGCUAUGGAGGCUCUAGUGGAUUUCUGCAGGCAGAAGACAUUUAUGCCAGAGAUGUAUGCGAAUUUGGACUGUGACAUAACCUGCAGCAAUGUGUUUGAAGAUCUUGCUAACCUUUUGUCGAAGAGCGCAUUUCCAGUGAACUGCCCUCUGUCAUCUAUGCAUGUUCUAGCAUUAGAUGGUUUAAUUGCAGUGAUUCAGGGGAUGGCUGAUAGAAUAGGCACUGCACCACCACGAACAGAGCAAGCACCAUUGGAGCUAGCUGAAUAUACCCCAUUCUGGACUGUGAAGUGUGAGGAUUACUCUGAUCCUGAAGAGUGGGUAAAAUUUGUUCGUCGCAGGAAGUACAUCAAGAGGAGAUUAAUGAUUGGUGCUGAUCACUUCAACAGGGAUCCAAAGAAAGGGUUGGAGUUCCUGCAGGGAACUCAUCUCUUGCCUGAAAAACUAGACCCUCAGAGUGUGGCCUGCUUUUUCAGAUAUACUGCUGGUCUGGAUAAAAACCUUGUUGGGGAUUUCUUGGGCAAUCAUGAUGAAUUUUGUGUUCAGGUGCUUCAUGAAUUUGCUGGUACAUUUGAUUUUGAAGACAUGAAUCUUGAUACUGCUCUGAGGCUUUUCCUCGAGACCUUCAGGCUUCCAGGUGAGUCGCAGAAGAUACAGAGGGUGCUUGAAGCUUUCUCAGAACGAUAUUAUGAACAAUCACCACAGAUCCUUGCCAACAAGGAUGCGGCACUACUGCUGUCAUAUUCCCUCAUAAUGCUCAACACAGAUCAGCAUAAUGUACAGGUGAAGAAGAAGAUGACCGAAGAGGACUUUAUUCGAAACAACCGCCUUAUCAAUGAUGGGAGUGAUCUCCCAAGGGAGUUUCUGUCAGAACUCUACCAUUCAAUCUGUAGAAAUGAGAUAAGGACCAUCCCUGACCAAGGCAUUGGUUUCCCUGAGAUGUCUCCCAGCCGAUGGAUUGACCUGAUGAGGAAAUCAAAGAAGACAUCUAAAUACAUAAUAUGUGAUUCACGCCCUUUUCUUGAUCAUGACAUGUUUGCAAUCAUGUCAGGGCCCACUAUUGCAGCCAUUUCAGUUGUGUUUGAUUAUGCUGAACAAGAGGAGGUUUUCCUGACAUGUGUGGAUGGCUUCUUGGCUGUGGCCAAGAUAUCGGCGUACCAUCAUCUGGAAGAUGUGCUUGAUGAUCUGGUUGUGUCACUUUGUAAAUUCACAACCCUUUUGAGCACAUCUCUGGUUGAGGAACCAGUUACAGCCUUUGGGGAUGACAUGAAAGCUAGGUUGGCAACUGAGACUGUUUUUAAUAUUGCAAACAGGUAUGGAGAUUUUAUACGCACUGGGUGGAGAAAUGUGCUUGAUUGCAUCCUAAGGCUGCACAAACUAGGCCUUCUUCCUGCUCGAGUUGCUAGUGAUGCUGCUGACGAUUCUGAAGUCGCCUCUGAUCCAGUCCAUGGGAAGCCUGUUCCAAACUCUCUCUCCACGUCUCAUAUUCCAGCAAUGGGUACCCCUCGAAGAUCCUCUGGACUGAUGGGGAGAUUUAGUCAGCUCUUAUCACUGGACACGGAGGAGCCAAGGUCACAACCAACUGAACAACAACUUGCCGCCCACCAGAGAACUCUUCAAACUAUUCAGAAGUGCCACAUUGACAGCAUUUUCACAGAAAGUAAGUUUCUACAGGCUGAUUCCUUGUUGCAGCUGGCCAGGGCUCUCAUUUGGGCUGCAGGCCGACCCCAAAAAGUCACAAAUUCCCCUGAUGAUGAAGACACAGCAGUUUUCUGCUUAGAGCUGCUUAUUGCAAUCACCCUAAACAACCGAGAUCGAAUUGUGCUCCUUUGGAAGGGUGUUUACGAGCAUAUAGCAAAUAUCGUUCAGUCCACUGUCAUGCCUUGUGCUCUUGUUGAAAAGGCAGUGUUUGGUCUCCUCCGGAUUUGUCAGAGGUUGCUACCCUACAAAGAGAACCUUGCAGAUGAGCUUUUGAGGUCACUUCAAUUGGUUUUGAAGCUAGAUGCCCGUGUCGCUGAUGCUUAUUGUGAGAACAUCACACAGGAAGUCACACGAUUGGUGAAGGCAAAUGCUACUCACAUAAAAUCCCAGAUGGGUUGGCGAACCAUAACUUCUUUAUUGUCCAUCACAGCUCGGCACCCUGAAGCAUCUGAAGUUGGUUUUGAGGCAUUAGUAUUCAUAAUGUCUGAAGGGGCGCACUUAUCACCUGCCAACUAUAUUCUAUGUGUGGAAGCCUCGCGGCAGUUUGCUGAAUCUCGGGUGGGGUUGACAGAUAGGUCUGUUCGUGCAUUGGAUCUGAUGACUGAGUCAGUAACAAGUCUUGCACGCUGGUCCCGUGAAACCAGGGAUGCAGGUGAAGAGGCAGAGAAGAUUUCAGAAGGAAUUAGGGAGAUGUGGUUGAGAUUGGUGCAAGCAUUGAGGAAGGUAUGUCUGGAUCAGAGAGAGGAGGUGAGAAAUCAUGCACUUUCAUCACUGCAGAGAUGCCUGGUAGGACUUGAAGGGCUUUGUCUCUCAACUAUGUCAUGGUUACAAGCCUUUGAUCUUGUGAUAUUUCCAUUAAUGGAUGAUUUGCUGGAGACUGCUCAGAAUCACUCGCAGAAGGAUUACAGAAACAUGGAGGGUACUCUGUUGCUUUCCAUGAAAUUAUUGUCUAAAGUUUUCUUGCAGUGGCUGCAGGAGUUAUCAGCACUAAGUAGUUUCUGUAAGCUGUGGCUAGGGGUUCUUAGUCGUAUGGAGAAGUUCAUGAAGGCCAAGGUUAGGGGUAAGAGGAGUGAAAAACUCCAAGAAUUGAUCCCAGAACUCCUAAAGAACACAUUGCUUGUGAUGAAAACAAAAGGGGUGCUUGCAAAGAGGAGCACUAUUGGUGGAGAUAGUUUGUGGGAACUGACCUGGCUGCAUGUAAAUAAUAUGGCUCCUUCUUUGCAAUUGGAAGUGUUCCCGGGCCAGGAAUCAGAGCAGGAGUCACUUGCUAAGCAAAAGGAUUCGGCUGGUUCAGUACAACCGGAUGACAAUACUUCUGCGGCUACGGCCGAGAAAUCUACUGUCCCUGAAGAAGGUGUAGGUCCUGGAGCUUAAGAGUUAAGACCAUCCCGGUGUUUUUAGUUUUGUGCAAAAAUCAAGACUGGAAACCUUGUUCAGUGAGUUCCCUGCAGACAUUGAGCAUUCUUUUUUGAUGGUUUUAUAUAGUUUUUUUGACCACCUACUUAACUUGAUCUAUAAUGGUUAUUGCUAUAAUUCUUCUUCCAUGGAAAUUAUGGCACCAGAUUUUUAAUUUCUAGAACGUGGUCUAUAACAAUCUUUGUUGAGACUGUAACCUGUUUCUACAUGAGCAUGCUUGUGAGUGGGUAUAUGUAGUAAAUGGUUUGGUUUUCUUUACUGGGGCUUUGUAUAAUUCAAGAAAACUAGCUUCCCUUAUCUAAUUAACUUGUUUUAGCC